UUACCUUAGUGAACUUAAUAAAAUCCUGAUAACCAUAUUGUAGUUAAUAACACAAUUUUACCUCUUAUACUUACAGAGGAGGAACUUGGUGGCACUGAAGGCAUGGGGCAACUGGUCAAGAUGGACGUAUUCAAGAAUAUGAACAUUGGUCUUGCUCUUGAUGAAGGCUAUGCCAACACUUCUGACAAAAUGGAAUUGUUCUAUGGUCAAAGAACUCCCUUUCCAAUAUACAUCAGAAUCCAAGGGCAGCCAGGCCAUGGAUCACAGUUCAUCCCCAACAACGCUGGGGAGAAGCUGCGGCUUGUCAUCAACUCUGUCCUUGGCUACCGCAAUGAACAAGAGCGGAAGUUGAGGGAGAAUCCUGAACUACACCUUGGUGAUGUGACUACUGUUAAUCUGACUGUAGUAGAAGGAGGAGUACAAACGAAUGUCUUGCCUGCAGAAAUAAAAGUUACAAUUGAUGCACGUGUUGCCCCAUCAGAUGUAGGUACUUUUGAGGCAAAGCUCCAAGGGUGGUUGAAGGCAGCUGGGGACGGUAUCACUUAUGAAGCACGGGAACUGUGCGUGUUGAAGGAACAGACGUGUGUGGAUGACGGCAAAAACCCCUGGUGGGACGCCUUCUCUGCUGCUUGCAAAAAAGAGUGAUUAUUUACACUUCACUUCAGAUUUUUAUUUUUAAUUUAUCAUUUCCAUCAGUUGUCAGCUUACUAGCCAGUUGGGCGAUGGGUUGAUUCUCUGUUACGACCUUCAUUGUCCAGUGUUAGUCCAGGUGUCAUGGAGGUCAGGAGAAUCAUGGUGGCAGGAAUCUGAGAAAUAUAUUUCAAUGGAUACUGAAUCCUAAAUCUGAUCAUACAACAACUUGUUCCACACAUCACAUAGGACAUGUCAGGCAUAUGGUUUCUGCCAUAUCGGAUUGCUGUUAAACUUGGCUUCAAUACAGGAAAUAGCUAUAAAUGACAUAUUGAGGACAGUCAUAAUUAUUUUUUAGAACUGAACCUGAACUUUAGGAAAUAUUGCCUUGUCAUUGUAUUUUAAGAACAUAAAUUCUUUCUGAUCAAAGUGAUGAUUUAACACCCAAAUGCAUUGGUGGAGAUUUGCUGUGAAUGAAGGGGGGAAAAUGAUUUCUGAGACUUGUAGAAAUGCAUCUCUGAACAUAAUCACAACAAUAUACAUGUUUUCCAUAAUUAGAAAAGCAUAAUGCUUUUUACAGAAUUAGUUUCAUCGUUUCUUACCUUAUAAUCUGAAGUCUUCCGGGCAGUGAAGUAAAUCCACAAGUUUACACUAUGAUGUGUCUCCUAAAACUGACCUAUGACACCAACAUUAUUGUCUCAACCCUUGUGACUGGAAGCAGGUUGACCUCGACAUCACUAGCUGUCACAUCUCAAUGGAGAAUACAGAAGUAUUUAUGAUGACCAGAGUUAACUAGUGUUGCUAACAUACAUUGUCAAAUGAUUAGUGGAGGAAUACAACAUAAAUUCUGGAAUGCAGAGCGUUUUGAAUGCAGUGUGCAAAAAAUUUCUUAUCUCCUGGGAUCAAGUAUGGGAUGUGUACACUAUGCCAAGAUAAGUUAUUUCUUUAGCUAGGAAUGAACAUUUGCUCUUGUUGAGCCUGACAUUGUGUGCCA